UUUACUUAUUUCGUGCGACUGCAAGCUGUUUGAUUGAGUAAUUUUUACUAGCCUUCAUUUCAAACUCUUGCAUGUGCUCUCUCUCUCUCUCUUGGAGCCAUAAAUGAACACCCUUUUUCCGGCUAGUUUCAUCUCAUCCUUUGCCUCAACCUUAAGGUGAAAAAAUUAAUGGAUGUUGCUAAUUAGCUACUUGGAUUUACUACUUGUUCAAGAUUUUUGAGGAAGAAGAAGAGAUACCCAUAUUCAUGGCCCCUGAAAACAACAAUUGGCUCUCUUUCUCCCUCUCUUCAAUGGAAAUGCUCAACUCUUCUUCUUCUCCUCAUCAACCUAAUGAUUCCCACCAUUACUAUUCCAUGGGAGGAGAUAACUACUACACCACCACUGCGGCGGCGGAGCAGCAGCAUAUUUACGGCGGCUACACGGCGCCGAAGCUGGAGGAUUUCUUCGCCAGCGGCGGCGGCGACUCCGCGGAAACCCAAGAUUCAACCCUGACCCACAUAUACGGCGGCGACGGCUACUUCGGCGGCGGCGACGAGCAGCAGGAUCUGAAGAGCAUCAUCGGAUUCCAAGCCUUCUCCGGCGACUCGCCGGCGGCCUACUCCCCUCACUGCCCCGCCUCCGCGGCCGAAAAUGCGCUGUCUCUCGACGUCGGAAAAGCCCUCGUCUCCGCAGAAUCCGACGGCUGCAAGAAAAUCGCGGAUACAUUUGGGCAGAGAACUUCGAUUUACAGAGGCGUCACGAGACAUAGAUGGACAGGAAGAUAUGAAGCGCAUCUAUGGGAUAACAGCUGUAGAAGAGAGGGCCAAGCAAGGAAAGGGCGUCAAGUUUAUCUAGGCGGGUACGAUAAAGAAGACAAGGCAGCGCGCGCUUAUGAUUUGGCCGCUCUCAAGUACUGGGGUCCUACGGCCACUACUAAUUUCCCGAUAUCGAAUUACACCAAAGAAGUUGAGGAUAUGAAGCAUAUGACCAAACAAGAGUUCAUUGCUUCACUAAGAAGAAAAAGCAGUGGCUUCUCAAGGGGAGCAUCAAUGUACAGAGGUGUUACAAGGUGUGGUUUGUCGACAUCCCGAUUAAUUUAUUUGGUUCGAUCAUCGACAAAAAAUUGUUUUUCGUGCAGGCAUCAUCAACAAGGCCGAUGGCAAGCAAGGAUCGGCCGUGUUGCAGGGAACAAAGAUCUCUACCUUGGAACUUUUGCAACGGAGGAGGAAGCAGCAGAGGCGUACGACAUAGCCGCUAUCAAAUUCCGAGGGAUAAACGCCGUCACUAAUUUUGAGAUGAACCGCUACGGCGUUGAGGCGAUCGCCAAGAGCCCCCUUCCGAUCGGUGGGACAGUGAAGCGGCUGAAGCUCUCGUUCGAGGGGGAGGGCAAGGCGGGGAGCAGCAGGCUGCAAACCCCGUGCAACAGCAGCGGGAGCAGCAUCAGUUUCGCCGCGAUCCAGCCACCCUCGGGCAUCCCGUGUGGCGUGCCGUUAGACAGCUCGACACCGUACUACUACCACCACAACCUUUUCUACCCCAACAAUCCGGUGGCCUCCGACACCUCCAGCUCGGUGUCGUUGCUGGGGACGCCAAUGAACCUGAUGCCCAUGCCCGGGGAGUAUUUCGUGUGGCCCCACCACACCUAUUAACAACAACAACAUGCUUAGCUACACUUAGCCAAAGAUACUACUCUUCUACUAAUAUUUAACCCAUAGUUGAGAUAGGAUUAGUUUCUAGGUAGAAGAUGGGAAUAUGUGGUGUAAGUAGCUUUGGUUUCUUUAAUUUUAGAUGUAUGUUUAAUGAUGCAAGAAGCAGUUGGUGUGGAUUAAUUUUCAACCUGUUUUCCACUACCACAAUCUGCUCUUGCAAUCACUCAAUUUUUGCUAAUCAUAUAUAAAAAAAUCACAUAAUAUAUAGUACUAUAUUUAUUCUCA